GUGUGCCAGCCUCCUGGGUGGCAACAUGACGGAGGGCUUUGACUGCGCCAGCUGCAAGGAGUCCCUCUACGGGCGCAAGUACAUCCAGGUGGACGAAGGCCCCUUCUGCAUCCCCUGCUAUGACACCCAUUUUGCCAACACCUGUGACGAGUGCAAGGAGCCCAUUGGGCACGACUGCAGGGAACUCUACUACGAGGACCGCCAUUACCACGAGGGCUGCUUCCGGUGCUUCCGCUGCGACCGCUCCCUGGCUGACGAGCCCUUCACCUGCCAGGGCCAGGAGCUGCUCUGCAACGACUGCUACUGCCGAGAGUUCUCCUCCCAGUGCGUGGCCUGCCAGCAGGUGGUCAUGCCAGGCUCCCGGAAGCUGGAGUACAACGGGCAGACGUGGCACGAGCACUGCUUCCUGUGCAGCAGCUGCCAACAGCCCAUCGGGGCCCACUCCUUCAUCCCCGACCAAAAAGACUACUACUGCGUGCCCUGCUACGAGAGCAAGUUCGCCCCCCGCUGCACGUGCUGCAAGAAGUCGCUGACCAAGGGGGGCGUGACUUACCGGGACGAGCCCUGGCACAAGGAAUGCUUCGUCUGCACGGGUUGCAGGGCGCCCCUGGCUGGGCAGCAGUUCACCUCUCAAGAAGAGCAGCCCUAUUGCCUCAAGUGCUUUGGAAGCCUCUAUGCCAAGAAGUGCAGUGCUUGCGAGAAGCCCAUCACAGGCUUUGGAGGGGGCAAGUACGUCUCCUUCGAGGAUCGCCACUGGCACCACGGUUGCUUCAGCUGUUCUCGCUGCACCGCCUCCCUCGUGGGGAAGGGCUUCAUCCCCGAAAACAAGGAGAUCCUGUGCCACGGCUGUGCCAGUGACCUCUGAAAUGGCCCCUGGUGCCUGUCGCCCUCCAGGCUUCCUGUGUGCCAAAGUCCCCUCCUGGAGAGCAGGGCAGGGAUAGGAACCCUCCCCUCCCCCCUCCCCAAAGGAGCCCACCUCCCCUUUCCUGCCAGCCAGAGCCAGCUGGGCCAGAACGCACACCCCACCGCCAGGGCACUCUUGGGCUGUGUCAGCUGAGCCAGGCUUCCUGGGAAGGCCUCUGUUCUAGCAGACC